AUGACGCCAACAGCAACGACUAUUGCUGUCGGGUCGACAUUAACGGCAAUUUCUACGGAUUCGUCGACACACACUGGUUUGUCGAUUACCCUGGCAGCCACCGCGACGAAGAUUCAAUCGGGUACCACUUCCACAAACUUAUUACCAGACUCUAGUACUGGUUCCAUAGAUGCACCCAGCAUCAACACCACAGCCUCUGUCUCGAAUAAUGGCGCUAUUGUCGGCGACAUUGUAGGAGGUGUUGUUGUCAUCGGAAGCUUGCUAGUAGCCAUAUGGUUUCUUCAUGGCCAACAUAAAAGGACGCCAGAAAAGCCGCCGGUCGUAGAAAUCCCACAGUCUACGAGUCCACGACCAGUAUAUCAUAAUCUCAACGAUGAUUGGAGAAAGAAAAGGUCAAGAAAUUCAGAACCAUAUGAGCUUUACGAUGGUCGGUAG